GCCUUCUCGUCAAGUGUACUUUUUCUAGUGUUAAAUAAUUUAACCAAAAGAUUGAAUCAAUAUUGUUAUUUGUACAAGAAUAUUAAUAUAAAUGUCUAUAUUUAAAAGGUAUAUCACUAAAACUAUAGUGGCUAUUGUAAAGAAAUAUACAAAAUUAGUGACAUAUUUAGAAAACAAAUGGGAAGGUAAACAUGCUUCAUCAUUCCGUAAUUAUAAAUUAUUUAAAAAUGGUGUCCACUCGACGUUAAUAGAUUUGGGUGACCUCAGUCAGUUAUGGAUAGAUAUUACUUGUCGUUCUCAAUCAAUCUUAGAAAUCCUACCGACUCUAAGUAGACAUCAGGUGUAUGUCCUACGUCAGGUGCCUAAAGAUUUGGUGAAGAUUUUGCCUGUAAUGCUUCUUGCUCCAUUACCAGGAACAAUACUAAUUUUACCAAUCUUUUUUGCUUUUCCUCGUAUUUUUCUGUCACGAGCAUUUUGGACACCAGAACAAUGUAAAUCUAUCGAUAUAAAAUGUUUGAAAGAUCGAUUUGAUUAUAAUACUCAAUCUUUAUUAAAGUCUAAGCUCUUGACAAUAAUUUAUUCGUCCUCAUGUUCUAUGAAUUAUUCUCAACCUAUUUUGAAGUCUUUAAGAAAGUUAGCUAGUGCGUUAAGUCAGGUUUCAAUAUUAGAACCAAUUUCAAUCGAACAAAUUCGUGAUUUAAUACCUGCUUUCAAAGGUCCAUUAUCUUUAGAACAAUUGGAUACAAGUCAUUUAGCGGCUUUAUGUCGAUUACACGGUCUCUCUAUAUAUUCAUAUAUUUGGAUAAUGAAUACAUUAUUAUGGAAUGAUUUAUUCAAGAGAAAAUCCAUUUUAAAAACAUCUCGUAUACUUGUACUAAAGAAACAUGCAUAUUUCUUAUAUGUUGAAGAUAAAUGUAUGCAAAAAGAUAAGUUAUUCAAUGAUAAUUCUUUAUCAAUUUUACAAAAUGCUGAAUUGAAACAACUUUGUUUACUACGAGGAAUUAAUCCGUACUUAUUAAAUCAUAAAGAUUUGAAGGAAAAAUUACAGUAUUGGAUUUCAGUAUCAACCGUUGCUUCAGAAACGGAUUUCAGUUUUCGUUUACAUCUUCCCUUAUUAUUGUGUUCCAAAAAUAUUGAUAUUAAUAAUAAUAUUAAUAAUAAUAUUGAUAAAUAUUAAUUCACAGUUGGUAUACUAAACA